CAUUUUCUGCCUAGCUGUUGCAGAACUCGAACUGCUAUUUUGCGGGAAAUUGAAGCCAUUCCUGCCAUGCUCGCACCGCAAAUUACUCUCUUUCAACCGCCUUCCCUGUUCACCAUUCGAAGGUCUCAAUUACCGGAGCCGAGAAAGAACUCGAAAACAUGGAAGAGUAACUGCAAAAGUCCCACAAAUUUUCUUUGCUUUUCUUUGAAAACUUCUUCUUCCAUGACCGAAUUUUCUAAUUCUUGCAAGUUUUUGAGCUCCCAUAAAAACCCAGAUGCCGGUUUUUUAAAUGUUCAACCAAUUGUUGGACAUGUCAAUGCCAAUUUGCUCGCGUUUUGGCUUCAGUCGUGUUGUACAGUAAGAGAAGUUAGAAGGGUACAUGCAGUUGUUUUAAAGUGUCUGGAUAACUCUGUGACAUAUGUCAAUAAUAAUUUGAUUAGUGCUUAUUUGAGAUUCGGGAAGUUAGUGGAGGCUCGCAAGGUGUUUGACAAAAUGCCGGAGCGAAAUGUUGUUUCUUGGACUGCUGUUGUUAAUGGGUAUUCGAGAUAUGGUUUUGAUGAUGAAGCAUUGAGGUUAUUCAAUGAUUGUAUUGAGAAUGGCGUUCGAGCAAAUGGUAAGACUUUUGUUUGUGUUCUGAAUUUGUGUAGUAAGAGAUUGGAUUUUGAGCUUGGAAGGCAAAUUCAUGCUUGUAUUGUGAAAGAUAACUGGAGGAACUUGAUUGUUGAUAGUGCUCUUGUUUACUUCUAUGCACAAUGUGGUGAUCUGUCUGGGGCUUUUCAUGCGUUUGAUCAAAUGCCUGAGCGGGAUGUAGUUUGCUGGACAACCAUGAUUACUGCUUGCUCCCAACAAGGGCGUGGAACAGAGGCUUUGUCUAUGUUCUCACAAAUGAUAUUCAACACAUCUUCUCCUAAUGAGUUUACGGUGUGUAGCGUUUUGAAGGCUUGUGGAGAGGAGAAGGCUUUAGAAUUUGGAAAGCAGUUACAUGGUGCCAUAAUUAAGAAGAUGUUUAAGGAAGAUGUUUUCAUAGGGACUUCCUUAGUGGGCAUGUAUGCAAAGUGUGGGGAAAUAUUAGAUUCAAGAAAAGUGUUUGAUGGAAUGAAGAAGAGAAACACGGUUACGUGGACUUCUAUCAUAGCUGGAUAUGCUCGUAAUGGGCAGGGGGAGGAGGCCAUUAGCCUCUUUCGAGUGAUGAAAAGACGGAAGAUAUUUGCUAACAACUUGACUGUCGUAAGCAUCCUCAGAGCAUGUGGCUCAACUAGGAAUUUACUGAUGGGAAAGGAAGUUCAUGCACAGAUCAUGAAGAAUUCCAUGCAAAGCAACAUCUACAUAGGAAGCACUCUAGUAUGGUUCUACUGCAAAUGUGAAGAGCACCCUUUUGCCUCGAAGGUCCUCCAAAACAUGCCUCUUAGAGACGUGGUCUCAUGGACUGCUAUAAUUUCUGGUUAUACCAGUCUUGGGCAUGAACCUGAGGCUCUUGAAUUCUUGAAAGAAAUGUUGGAGGAAGGUGUGGAGCCAAACCCUUUCACUUAUUCAUCGGCUUUGAAAGCAUGUGCUCACUUAGAAGCUAUUCUGCAAGGGAAAUUGAUUCACUCUUCUGUGAACAAAACACUUGCGCUGUCCAAUGUUUUUGUGGGUAGUGCUUUAAUUAAUAUGUAUGCAAAAUGUGGAUAUGUUUCUGAGGCAAUCCAGGUUUUUGAUAGCAUGCCACAACGGAAUUUGGUUUCUUGGAAGGCAAUGAUUGUGGGUUAUGCGAGGAAUGGGCUCUGCGGAGAAGCUUUGAAGCUCAUGUACCGUAUGCAAGCAGAAGGUAUCGAGGUGGAUGAUUAUAUCCUUACGACAGUCCUUAGUGCAUGUGGAGAUGUUGAGUGGAAUAUGGAGUCUUCAUCUGACCAUUGCCUGCAGUCAAGUUGAUAUUCAUGUUUAACUUUAAAUGGUGACUAGACUUGUAGAUCUGGCAGGACCGCAGCUAAAUCCACCAAAACCUGGAGUCUAGAUCAACUCUAGAUGAAAAACUUCUAAGGCUCAAUCAGUUUUGGAAAUCCAUGGAAGGGGAUCUGCUGAAUGGAUGGACUAUAGAUAGAAAAAGCUGUGAAAAAAACAUGUAAAGCAGAAUCAAUAUAAGAAGGCCCUAGUUAUGACUUAUAAUGAGUGAUUUGUCCUGAUUUCCUCUCCGAUCCCAGAUUGUAUAAGAACUUCUCCAACUGGCCCCUUCUGUUCUAUUUUAAGAAAGGCAUGGAGAGAAGGUUCGGUUCAUCUUAAUGAUCAGGAUGCUCUCGAGAAUCUUUUGAAUUUAUGUGCCUCGGGGAAUAUCCUACGUUACAGAUCACUCAAGGGAAAAAGAGGAUUUGGUAUGAUCUCUUAUCAGUAUUAUCAAUGGAAACGCAGAUUUGUCCGCUUGACCAUGUUUAUAGAAAGAUAUUUCAUGCCUUUGGAAGGAUGCUGUAUGAAACACUGACCAACUUUUCAGCUUUCUGGAUGUUCUGAUUUCAUGCAAAUCAGGUCUGUUUUAGGAAUUUGCUUUAUGUAUUAUUCUUCUUUGCCUUAACGUGGAACAAAAAUUUGUAAACCAAUGACAAUUGAUUUAUCAUCAAUGGCAUGGAAAAUGGAAAAACCUUGAGGAGCUAA